AUGAAUCCCCCAAUUGAUGAGAGCAAUAAUUAUAAUCUUAAAGGAAAUAAUAGUCUUAAAGAAGAUGAUGAUGAAGUUGAAUACAUUGAAGAAGAACCUUAUACACAAAAAAUUAUAAAAUUUGCAUCUGUAUAUGUAAAUAGAAUAGUGAUUAAGAAUUUUGAAAGGACUAUCAUGAAUAAAAUGCAUACACAGUUGAAUGUAAGCUUGUCAAAUAGCAUUAGUAAUCCAGUUUUAGGUAGUAUUUUUGAGAAGAUAGCUCACAUGAUACUGAAAAAUGGAGAAAAGUUCAAGAUUCAUUCUUUAGAUAACUCUAAUAGAUAUGAUCCAUUACUAAUUAAUAAGCAAGACAGGACAUAUACAUUUUCUACAAUUGAAACAAUCACUGAUGGAAACUAUUUUCAACCAGAUAAUAAAAAUUUUCCAUCAAUUAAUUCUAUCAUUGCAUCUAACAAGCUCUUUCAGAUGACUACUGUUAUGAAUCAUCCUAUUAAAAUGAUUGCUGAUAAAGAAGUUAAAAGACUACAGACACUAACAACUUGUUUAGAGAAAGAGAGGAAUGAAUUGCUUGAAAAAAUUAAGAAAUUAGAAGCAAAUGUAAAAGAAAAAGAUAACAUAAUAGAGAAUUUAGAAGAAAGAGUAAACAUAGAAGUUGAAAUGAACUUGAAAGCAUUAGACAAGUCCAAAGAAUAUUAUGAUAGAAAUCUUUUCAAUCUAGCUUCUCGCCCAUCUCGACCUGAUAAAGCUCGUAGGUUGGGUUACAAGGCCAAACAAGGUUAUGUUGUUUAUAGAAUCCGCGUUCGUCGUGGUGGCCGUAAGAGACCAGUACCAAAAGGUGCUACUUAUGGUAAACCCGUAAACCAGGGUGUAAAUCAACUUAAAUAUCAACGUUCUCUCAGAGCAACAGCUGAAGAACGUGUUGGUCGUAAAUGUAGCAAUUUACGUGUUUUGAAUUCAUACUGGAUUAAUCAGGAUUCUACUUAUAAAUACUUUGAAGUUAUCCUUGUUGAUCCUAAUCAUAAGGCUAUUCGCCGUGAUCCUAGAAUUAGUUGGAUUGUAUCUGCUAAACAUAAACAUCGUGAAGCUCGUGCUCUUACUAGUAUCGGUAAGAAAAAUCGUGGUAUUGGAAAAGGAAGUCGUUACAACAAGACGAAAGGUGGUGGUCGUUAUUCCAAUUGGCGCAGACGCAACACACUUUCUCUUCGUCGUUAUCGUUAA